GCCGAGCUUGACUCUUGUUGUGUUCCUGUGUUCGAGCUGAGCUGGCUGUUUGGCAGGUUUGACUGCUCCUGCUGCUGACUCUCUCCUCCCGGGAGACCACUCUUUGGACAUUUCUGCUACCCCCGUUUAAGACAAGCUACACAUUUAACUCUUUCCACCAAGAGUUGCUCUUCUGUCACAGUUUCGCCAUGGACCCCGCCAGUCAAGAUAUCAGCCUGAACUCUCCUAACAAGGCUGUUAGUCUGGAUCAUCCAGACAGCCUUUCUGAUGUUCCUGUGGGAGGAGCCGUGGGGAACUUGGCGAACCCUCUGCCACCUGGCCUAACGGAAGAAGAAGCAGAGGAGCUCCACAUUGAACUAACCAAGGUUGAAGAGGAAAUCAAUACUCUGCGUCAGGUUUUGUUAGCGAAAGAGAGACAUGCCAAUGAUCUGAAGAGGAAACUUGGCCUCAGCCCACUCAACGAACUCAGGCAGAAUCUCACCAAGAGCUGGCAAGACGUACAGACCUCUAAUGCAUAUCUGUCUGCCUCAGCCACUUUGGAUGACAUUGCCCACUCUGAAGCAUACAAGAAGACUCAGGAGACUCUUUCCCAGGCUGGACAGAAGACAAGUGCAGCUCUCACUACAAUGGGCACAGCUAUUAGCAGGCGACUGGGGGACAUGAGAGCACUUCCUUUCUCUAAUUCAUUUAGUAGGAACUAUUCCAUUCGACACUCAAUAAGUAUGCCAGCAAUGAGAAACUCUCCAACCUUUAAGUCAUUUGAAGAUAAAGUUGGGAACCUAAAAUAUAAGGUUGUUGGCCCCAAAGGAAAUGGAGAAGCUAUCGGCUCACCCACUGAUACCACCCCAACUCAGGAGAACCCAUCUUUCUAAAUGCAGUGCACCACCUCCCUGCUGUCCUCUUUCACAACCUUAGACUGUACUGAUAUCAUCUCUUGGCAGAGUUGGUCCAGGUCGCUGGCACUCACCUCAGCAACUCUCCCCUCUCCAUCUGUCCAAGCAGUAGGCCAAGGCUAAAGACUCAAAGGUCUGAGUCUUAAUGUGCUUUCAUCGACAGACCCAUCACUGCUGGUCCCAUUGCUUCCAUUCUUCUGCCUUUCUGUUUUAAAUAUAUUUAUAAUGAUAAUCUGCUUAAUCGUUUACAGAAUUUGCUUGGGCAGAUCACAAACACCUGCCACCACCCCUUUGUCCAAAUUGAAUGACACUCUUUAGUCGUCUUUUUAGGGAAGUUUGUUGCUAAAUCAGGAAAUAAUGUGGCUAAAAAUGUAUGAAAAUAUCUGGACUUCAGUUACCUUAACAAGAUUAAAGUUGCAGUGCACAAGUUUUUGUUGUACGAUUCAAAGUUCAAUUUGCUUUUGCAACUGAUGGAAGAUGAGGGAUUUACAGGCUUAAGAAAAAUAGUGAUUUUUGUUGUUAGUGACCCAUCUACUUCUGUCCUCGUGUUUCUUGUUACUCUACUUAAGCAAUGCAGCCCCACUGACCACAUACCAAUGUUGUACCACCACCCACUCCCUACCCACCGGUUGCUUAUCAUGUCUGAAAUUGCCUGCAGCAUAAAAGCAGGUUUCACUGUGAGCUUUUGAAACUACUGGUUUGUCAUCGGGGUUGUGGCUCGGGACGUAUCAACACUCUUGGAUGUACUACUGUUACCAGAAUGUGUGUAUCACAUCACAUCUUAGUUAUAUCCUAAAACCCCUGCAAAGAAAACCAAGAUGAUGUGCAUUACGCACAAAAAGGAGAGAACAUAAAACCCAAAACCAUUUUUUGUAUCGUACACUAUUUUACACUUCUUUGCCUAAUGUUAUUGUUUUGCUUUUUUUUUUUUAAUCGGUGUUUAUAAAUAUGAUCAUUAUAUCUUGUCAUCAGUGCUGCCAAAUGGUAGUGAAAGUAAAUAAGGCAGGAACAGUCUGAACAUCCUUUGAAAUUGGGAAAAUCAAAGAAAUGGAUCAGUGUGUAACUUUCAUGGAUAAAAGUUUUUGUCUGUUC